AUGUCACAUAAUGGACCAGAAAUUAAGCUUGCUGAUUCUUCGAGAAGUCGGGGAGGUAUUAAGUCAUGUCCACAAGAUUUGCGCGUGUUUAUACCCUUGCUCCUUGCUGGUGCACGGAGACGUUUUGCGAGGAGGAACUUCUGCAACUCAGUGACAAAUAAUUCCAUAAAUAAAUGAUCAUGUAAAUUUGUCUGGAAUCGGGUCAGAAGUGCUCAUUGGUCGAUGGAGAAGUUAAAUUGUUUAGCUAUUACAGACAAAAGAGAAAAGGCCACAGAGAAUGUAAACGUGAUGAAUACAUAACAAAACAGUCUAUAUAUUUUGUGGAAUAUAAUUAUAAUGUAUUCUUCUCUAGAAGAAGCAUUUGAGUUUUGCUUGAGCUCCUUUGCAGAUGAACACAACAAUUUUACUAAAAUCAACCAGGAGAAACGCACAAUUGAACAAAUUAUUUUGCAUUUGGAAGCCCAUGUUUACCAGAUUUAAAAUGUAAACAUUGACUUACAUGUAUGUCUCUGUAUGGAAUUUCUGUCUCGGAGUCGCAGAUGUUCGUCCUCGCAAAACGUCCCCAGCGGAGAGGAGCAAGGAGAAAUGGCUGUUUUUGCAGGCUAUGCUCUGUACAGAGUUGGCCUUGGAAAAUGAUUUUGACAUACUAUCUAUCUCAGAAAACUGGUUCAACUCUUCUGUGGCUAUUGCUACUGUGGAGAUUCCUGGGUACAGGAUCUUUAAGCUCGACCGCUUUGGAAAAACAGGCGCCAACAUCUGUCAAGUCUGCCCUGAAGGUAAAAUUCCUGAAGGAUCUCACAGGAAUAACUGA